AUGCAGUCCUGUCGAGUGCAGUGUGCUCUGACCCUACUCUCAUUCGCUCUGGCUAUCAACUCAAUCUCAGCUGCACCUACAGACCCAAGAUUACGCCAGUUCCUGCAGAAAUCUCUGGCAGCAGCAGGAAAACAGGAGUUGGCCAAAUACUUUCUGGCAGAAUUACUAUCGGAGCCAUCCCAGACAGACAAUGAAGCUUUGGAAUCUGAUGACCUGCCCAGAGGUGCUGAACAAGACGAAGUCAGGUUGGAACUAGAACGGUCUGCAAACUCCAGUCCAGCUCUGGCCCCCAGAGAACGCAAAGCUGGCUGCAAGAACUUCUUCUGGAAAACAUUCACAUCUUGUUAG